CUUCCAAUUAGUUCUGAAGAGAAAAAAAAAAAAAAAAACUGAAAAUUCGGCCAUUACCCUCCUUCUUCAACCUCUAGCCUCCUUGUUUCUGUGGCUGGUCAAGCAACUUCAUCACUGCAACCGUACUCGCAAACAACAGAGGAGGCGAAAUUCAGCGAUUUCUGGAUUGAAGAUAAAGUUAAGCUCUGAGAUUUUCCGUUUCUUGAGACCCUUUUUUUGCCUCACCUCCAGCCUCCAGAUCGAUCUGGAAGCUCUGAUGUAAUAAUCAAUAAAGAUUCUACAUCAAGUUUGCAUAUGAGAAGUCUCUGUUUUUAUUGAUUAGUUCGUUGAUCUUUCUAGUUCGUGUUAUUCUUGGUUUUCACGUAUAAUGGUUAGGCUUUUAAGGUGCGGUGGUUUUUCCAGGGAGCAGGCUACCAUUGGAUUUUGAGGCUUCUUGUUGGAUUUAGAAUGCGCACUGAAUCUCUCUCCAAUCCCCCACCAUAGACUGUGGACUUCGUGUUUCACUUUGACAAUACCUCUGGUCGUUUCCACUUGUUUAAGUUGGAGGGUGCCUUUGGGUUCUUGAAAACCGCAUAGAGUUAUGUGCUUUUGUUCCUUUGAUUGGAGAGGGAUUUUAGAUACUGGGAAACUGAGUUUCAAGUUCUCAAUCUUUCUGAUUCUGAUUGACGACAAGUGUCAACCCUGAUGAGUGCUCAUGCCGGCAGGCAGAGGGAGUUAAGAGAAACAAGUCACCACGCACAGGAUGGUAAUGGAAGCGUGAAUAAUGGUGUAUCUGGCAGGGAACAGAGCCCGGUUGAGGAAAACGAGUUGAAGGUCAAUGGAUUAACUAGAAAUACAGAAGAUGGUCGAAAAUCCACUGUUCAUGCCCAUGACAUUCUGCAAAUACAGCAGCAGCAGCAGCCUCAAGGAUCUAUGGUCUGCUGGGAGAGAUUUCUACAUCUUAGGUCCCUGAAGGUUUUGCUUGUUGAAAAUGAUGACUCCACUCGGCAUCUAGUCACUGCACUGCUUCGUAAUUGCAGUUAUGAAGUUAUUGCGGCUGCAAAUGGACUGCACGCAUGGAAGAUGCUAGAAGAUCUGACAAAUCACAUAGAUCUUGUGCUAACGGAGGUGGUCAUGCCUUGCUUAUCUGGCAUUGGUCUUUUAAGCAAAAUUAUGAACCAUAAAACGAGGAAGAAUAUACCUGUAAUCAUGAUGUCUUCUCAUGAUUCAAUGGGUUUAGUAUUUAAAUGUUUGUCAAAGGGGGCUGUCGAUUUUUUAGUGAAGCCCAUUCGGAAGAAUGAGCUUAAAAACCUUUGGCAACAUGUUUGGAGAAGAUGCCAUAGCUCUAGCGGCAGUGGUAGUGAAAGUGGCACACAGACCCAAAAAUCUGUGAAGUCAAAAAGUGUUGAAAAAUCAGACAACAACACUGGGAGCAACGAUGAAGAAGAAGACAAUGAGAGCAUUGGUUUCAACAUUGGUGAUGGAAGUGAUGAUGGUAGUGGCACACAGAGUUCUUGGACCAAGCAAGCUAUAGAAGUUGAAAGCCCUAGACCAGUAUCUGCAUCAGCAUGGGAUCAUAAACGUGAACGUCCUGAUAGUACUUGUGCUCAAGUUGUCCACUCAAAUGCUGAUGCAUUUGCCAAUAAUGCACCAAUUAUUUUGACAGCAGGGUGCCAGGUGCAGAAAAAGCAACUUGAAACUGUUACCUUGGGUAAAAUUGAAUUAGGCAUGAACAGAAAUCUAGAUUUACAACUUGAACUCUCUACGGAACACCCAACCGAGCUAGUUAACAGAAAACAGAACAUUAGGCUUGAGAUUGGGUCCAGUGGAUUCAAUGAGCAGUUCAACAAAGGACAUCUUGACCUCAACUCUGAGAGCCCAUCCAGCAAACUUAAGUAUGAGGAAACAACUGUUACUGGUCUUGCUACCAAUCUUACUGAUUCUAAGAUGGAUGUCACUGUGUUUGAGGCACCGAGCAGCCAUCCCAAGACCACAGACAUUAAGAAUAAAGAUGUUACAGAUUCAGAAGAUUUUCCAUCUCUUGAGCUUGGAUUAAAAAGGCUUAGAGGAGUUCAAACAACUGUGAAAGCGGUCCAAGAUGAGCGGAAUGUUUUGAGACGCUCAGAUUCUUCAGCUUUUUCUAGGUACAAUGCUGGCUCAAACAAGACUCCAACUGGGAAUGCCGGGAGUAACUCUCCCCCUAGUAACUCUCCACCUGUUAAUGGUUUAGAAGUUACAAAUCAAGAGAACAUGCAAGAUAUUCGAUCUCAUUCAAGUGGUAACCCUCCCAAUCAAUGCUCAAAUGGAGAUAGCAAUAAUAUCGACAUGGGGUCCACUACCAAUAAUGCAUUUUCCAAGUCUGUAGUUACUAAUAACAAGUCAGCAAUGGCAUCAACAGUCAACUGUUUGUACCCAUCGGGAGCUUUCCACCCUGUUAAGAAUGACAGUCUAUCUGCUCCACAGCAAGCUGAUAAUGUCAAUAAUGUCACAACUACAACAAUGCAAGCUCAGUCUAAUUUUGUGCACAGGGAAUCUCAAAUGCAGCAACUUUGUCACCCGUAUGAUCCCACUCAUCAGCUUGUCCACAAUAUUCAACGAUUGUCAUCUGAGCAUAAUGAUUUUUCAUUGAAGAAAAUAUCUGCAGCUGCCACGCAUUGUGGGUCAACCAAUGUUUUAAAUGGUACUGUAGAAGGCAAUGCGGCAAAUUAUAGUGUCAACGGUAGCGCCUCGGGUAGUAACCAUGGAAGCAAUGGCCAAAAUGGGAGUAGCACUGCAGUAAAUGCUGGAGGGCUGAAUAUGGAAAGUGAUAAUGGAAUAGGUCGAAGUGGGGAUGCCAGUGGAAGUGGGAGUGGGAGUGGAAGUGGAAGUGGAAACAAAAUGGACCAAAACAAAGUUUCACAAAGGGAAGCUGCCUUGACAAAGUUUCGCCAGAAAAGGAAGGAAAGAUGCUUCCGUAAAAAGGUCCGAUACCAAAGCAGAAAGAGAUUAGCAGAACAGAGACCCCGUGUCAGGGGACAGUUUGUGAGACAAAACACGAGCGAAAACACAAGCAAUGCAGGAGAUGGCUAAAGUCAUUGCAUUGUUUUGGUAAAAAGAAAAAAAAAAAUGAUAUGGUUUUCCCUUUAACAAGAUAUGUGAAUGUGCAUGUGGGAAAAUAGAUAAAUUAGAGUGUACCAUUUUAGACAGAAAAAUGAUGUUUUUACUUAACAAUUCUAAAUUAGACAGACAAAGCUGAACUGGACUCUGUUGCCAGUGGCUACUGGACUUCUAAUUCAAGAAGGCCUUCUGCCUUUCUGCAUCAGAAAACUCUAUUUUAGUUUUGUGUUUGGACAAAAUGUGAGUGUAUUAUUCAUUGUUAUUACCCUACUCUCUUCUUUCUAUCCCCUUUGUACAAGAGUACUACUUUUUCAUA